CAACAAUAUCCCUUUUACCUCUCGCCUACGCUCAUCAACUGAAAAACUUCCUCAGCCGUUCUAGUGUCUCAACGGAUUUUACUUAGGAAAAUUGCGGCGUAGCUGCUGACGUCAUUUUCCUGCCUCACUGUCGAGUGAUUUAGCUGCAAGCAGGCAGAGUGCUCCCACGAACUUCCUUGAUAGCACUCUAAACCAACUCUCAACCUCCCCACUAUCAAAAUGUCUGAAGAAACUACGGCGCCAGCACCGUCAGCAGCGCCAGCCCCAAUACCGCGCUACUUUCGGAACGACGCGGAGCUUGCCCGAAGGGAUCCUCAGAAGCAGCUCAUGGCAUCUCUCAACCGCCUCAUUACCGACUACCCUCCACACCGGAUACCUCCAGGUGGUGGCUUGUACUAUGGGCCUAUUUCCAUUGCUUACCUCUUCUACGCCCUUCACAAUCUGUAUCCCGACUUGACCCUCGACGAGUUCCCCAUGAACACGUGGUCUGCAGCGUACAUUGAACAAGCCCAGGCCAACAUCAAAGAAUAUCCCGGUCCGUCUCCAAGCAAGUGUGGUGUCGCCGACGAUAUCAUGGCGCUACUCGCCCUGUACGCUGUGACUGCCAAAGACCCAGAUACGGUGAAGGAGAUCUGCGAUUUUGCCGCCGUCACCAUUGAGCCAGAAGCUUCCAACGAAUGGCUCUAUGGACGCGCCGGUUACUUGUACCUCCUUCGGUUGGUACGCGGGGCGUUUGUCGACAACAAGGAAGUGCUGGAGCUUAUCGAGGAUACUACCGAUGAAGUUAUCGAGAACAUCCUAGACAGCCCGCGUCCAUGGAAGUGGCACGGCAAAGCAUACGUUGGCGCCGUCCAUGGUGCAAUCGGUAUCAUCACUCAGAUUGUUCUCACCGAUGCCACUUGGGCUCCAAAACUUGAGGCGGAACUCGGGGCUCUACUUAGUUAUCAGUACGAGAGCGGCAACUUUCCUUCGUCGCUUCCUCCUGGGCGUGACCGGCUGGUCCAAUUUUGCCACGGCGCGCCUGGGGUAGUAUCCUCCCUCAUAUCCAUCGAGCAGUACUUUCCAAACCUCAAGGACCGCAUUGAUCGAGUUGUUGCAAAGGGAAGAGAAUGCAUCUGGGAGCGCGGAUUGCUGACGAAAGAACCGUGUCUGUGCCACGGGAUUUCUGGCAACGCUCUUGCGCUCGAAGGCAAACAAUUCGAGCACUUCCUUACCUAUACGACCGGGCAUGAGAUCAAAUCCAUGGGUAAGGAUGGCAUGUUAGAGAAGUCAGAUGAUCCGUCAGCGCUAUGGUGCGGCGAAGCGGGAAGGGCCUGGGUAUGGGCGGUUGCUGACAAGGGGCUGAAGAAAACGUUCCUUGGGUACAAUGACAUCUGAGCGGUGAGGGGUACAGUGGGUGGAUGGACUCUAAGAUAGAAGUUCACGAGGGGCACGAUGACACGAUUCACGAAUGCAACGACGAUAGCCGUCUCGGGGGGAUUGGUCUAAUCUCGAUGGCGUACAGGACCUUGAAUUCAGCCUA